AUGACUACAGCAUACACUGAGGCCUGGGUUUCUGGGCGAGACAACACCAAUUUUUAUACCAGAGCUUACUCGCUUCCCUAUGGCAUUAAGCCUGUUGCUCACAUCGUCUUCAUACACGGUUUCAUCGAGCAUAUUGGACGCUAUGACGCUAUAUUCAGAAGGUGGCAAACCAAAAACGUAUCUGUAUUUGGGUUUGAUCAGCGUGGAUGGGGAAGAACUGCACUGGACAAGGAACACAGCAGCUGGAACGCUCUUUAUGGUUUGACGACCUGGGAGCACCAAAUGGAGGACAUCGCGUUCUUCAUUAACCGCGAACGUCAGGCGGUCGGUUAUGGUGUACCCAUAUUCUUGAUGGGUCAAUCAAUGGGAGGUGGUGAAGUUUUGGGAUUUGGCUCUACGAACCCGAAGGAGCGGACCAUGGAACACCAGCAGGCACUGUACGAACUAACUGGCAUAAUCGCCUCCGCGCCUAUUAUCCGCCAGACGACUCCAGUUCCCACAUGGCAGCUCCGCUUGGGCACCAUCGUUGCAAAGUUCGUUCCUUGGAUUCCAUACAAGGCACCUAUUCAUCCCCAGGAUCUGUGCCAUGAUCCUAAAGUCCAAGAGGACUUCGAAAAGGACCCACUCGUCGUUGGACGGGGUACAGUCAAAGGCAUCACAGACAUGCUGAAUCAUGGCAUUCAACUGGACACGACCGAUUACAAGUUCUGGGUCACCGACUUCUCCAUUCUUGUUCUCCAUGGUGACGAGGAUAAAGUCACCGCUUGGGAAAGUUCGCAAAAGUUCGUCAAGAACGUCUCUGCGAAAGUUAAGCAUCACUCGCUCUAUCAUGAUGGCUAUCACGAGCUCCAUAACGAACCCGAGCCGGUUAAAACCCGCUUCUUUGAGGAAUGUUGGGCUUGGGUUCAAAGUCACAGUUCUCCGACCGGCAAAUCCCCCAAAUCUCUGGCAUGA